UCCAAGUGCAGACAGAGACACGUCUGCAGCACAUCUCUCUUGAUUCAUAACUACUUUAGUUUUUAAUCAUGUACCACCAACCCGUGCUGAAAAACAGACGGACUCUCCUGGAGCGAGCGGAGAAGUUUAUCUCUGAUACAUAUUUCACAGACUGCAACCUGAGAGGAAGACUGUUUGGAGACACUCAUCCGCUUCAAUCCAUCUCUGUGUUCCUGUCGGAGAAGCGUAUUCCUUAUUCAGAAGCCGUCCAACAAAACUUCCAGCCUUGUAAAGUUGGUGACGCAUUCGGGCCCACAUGGUGGACGUGCUGGUUCAGAGUGGUCUUGAAGAUCCCUGAGGCCUGGAGAGGGAAGGAGGUGCACCUGAGAUGGGAGAGCGAUGGAGAGGGGAUGGUGUGGCGGGAUCAACAACCGGUCCAGGGUUUGACCAAAGAAGGUGAGAAGACCAGUUAUGUUCUGACCGAGUGCUUGAAGGAUGGUGAACCUCAGGGCAUUACCCUGUACGUGGAACUUGCAUGCAAUGGACUAUUUGGAGCCGGGCAAGGUUCCAUGAUCGCCGCCCCCGACCCAAACCGGAAGUUCACUCUCCAGAAGGCAGAGCUUGUCGUUUUCAAUCGAGAUGUCAGAGAGCUUCUCACUGACUUUGAGAUGCUUGUGGAUAUGGUCAAGAUGCUAGGAGAAGGGGAGCAGCGCGGAUUCCAGGCCUUGUUUACAGCCAAUGAGAUGGUGAAUCUGUGCGAUCCAGCCAAUCCCAGUUCAUUUGCUGCUGCUCGGAGUCUAGCCCACAAGUUUUUUGCCCAGAAAAAUGGGGAGAGUCAACACGUGGUGCAUGCCAUGGGUCACUGCCACAUUGACUCAGCUUGGUUGUGGCCAUAUGAAGAGACGAUCAGGAAGUGUGCUCGCAGCUGGGUCACUGUGAUCAGACUGAUGGAGAAGAACCCAGAGUUUGUCUUUACAUGCUCACAAGCACAGCAGUUCCAGUGGGUGAAGAGCUGGUACCCGAGCCUGUUCUCAGAGAUAAAGCAGUUUGUGCAGAAAGGCCAGUUUAUUCCGGUCGGAGGCACGUGGGUGGAAAUGGAUGGCAACUUGCCGUCUGGGGAAUCAAUGGUCAGACAGUUUCUACACGGACAGAACUUCUUCAAGGAUGAGUUUGGACAUUAUUGUAAAGAGUUCUGGCUGCCAGACACGUUCGGUUACUCAGCACAGCUGCCUCAAAUCAUGAGAGGAUGUGGGAUCUCUCGUUUUCUUACACAAAAGCUGAGUUGGAACCUUGUGAACACAUUCCCACAUAGCACAUUCUUUUGGGAAGGUAUUGAUGGUUCGCUGGUUCUCACUCAUUUUCCUCCGGGUAACUCUUAUGAGAUGAAGGGAAAAGUGGAGGAUCUGAUUAAUACGGUGAAGAACAAUAAAGAUAAGGGACGAGCCAAUCACAGUGCGGUAUUGUUUGGUUUCGGAGAUGGGGGAGGUGGCCCCACACAGCUGAUGCUGGACCGUCUACAACGUGUUCAGGACACUGAUUGUCUGCCAAAGGUCCAGAUGUCAUGUCCUGAUGUCCUGUUCUCUCAACUGGAAUCAGACUCAUCCCUCCUCUGUACGUGGGUUGGCGAGCUCUUCCUUGAGCUUCAUAAUGGCACUUACACCACACAAGCAAAGAUAAAAUUGGGAAACCGCCAAUGUGAAGCUUUGCUUCAUGACAUUGAGGUGGCUAGCUGUCUGGCCAUGUGUAAAAGAGAUGGCUUCAAAUACCCAGCAUGCAAACUUCAAGAGCUGUGGAGAUUGCUUCUUCUCAAUCAGUUUCAUGACGUGAUUCCUGGCAGCUGUAUUGAGAUGGUUGUUGAGGAUGCGUUACAGUACUAUGACGAGAUACGCACCACAGGGUCAAGACUUCUUCUUGAUGCUUGUGAAUCACUGGGAUCAACUCCAGGGAAAGUUGCAGGAUCCAGCAGAGCUGUGUUGAAUACUUUACCUUGGGAAAGAACUGAAGUUAUAUCACUGCCAACGGAGGACACCCAAACAAGAUUAGCCUUGGUGAAAGUACCUAGCGUGGGCAUAGCUCAAGUCACAGAGACAGUAAAGCCUAAGGACUCGGUUUCUGUCACAAUCAAGGUCGAUGGCACUAUUAUUAUGGAGAAUGGUCUUUUGAAGGCCACAAUAGACCAAACAGGUCGUUUGAUGUCUCUGCUUUUGCUUCAAGCUAAUAGGGAAACGAUUUCUGAGGGUUACUUUGGGAACCAGUUUGCAUUGUUUGAUGAUGUGCCUCUGUAUUGGGACGCCUGGGAUGUGAUGGACUACCACCUUCAGACAAGGAAGCCUGUAAUCGAUGUCAUUGAACCUGCCAAAGUGGUGAGAUCAGGGGGACUUCAGGGCAGCAUCUCCUUCUUGCUAAGAAUUAGCGGAAAAAGCACUAUUAAACAGGAGAUUCUUCUGGAUGCUUGCUGCCCUUAUAUCAAAUUCAACACGCAGGUGAACUGGGAAGAGUCACAUAAGUUUCUGAAGGUGGAGUUCCCUGUGCAGGUGCGCAGCCCAAAUGCUAGUUAUGAGAUCCAGUUUGGACACCUGCAGAGGCCCACUCAUAGAAACACAUCCUGGGACUGGGCUCGCUUCGAGGUUUGGGGACACAAAUGGGCUGAUCUGUCUGAGCAUGGCUUUGGCGUGGCUCUUCUUAAUGACUCCAAAUAUGGCUACUCGAUCCAUGAAAGCAUCAUGACCUUGUCCCUAUUGCGUGCUCCAAAAGCACCAGAUGCCAAUGCAGAUAUGGGUAGUCAUAAUUUUACCUAUGCCUUGAUGCCACACACAGGCCUCUUCCAGGAUGCUUCGGUUAUCCAGUACGCCUACAACCUGAACUUCCCUCUCCACGUCUUUGAUGGCGUCAUUGCUGAACCCCGGAGUGCAUUCUCUGUAAACUGUCCUGCUGUCAUCCUGGAGACAAUUAAACAGGCGGAAAGCAGAGAGAAUGCCCUACUUAUUCGCCUCUAUGAGUCUCACGGAAGCAGCGUGACUACAACUUUGUCAACUUCCCUUCCCAUACAAGAAGCAUGGCAUUGUGAUCUCCUGGAGCGCCCUGAUUCCAGUAUUCCAGUGUCCUCUGGAAUAUCCCUAACGUUCAAACCCUUUCAGAUCAGAUCUCUCCUCUUAAUUAUACAGUGAUCCAUUUAAUGGCAUAUUGAUCAUGAUGGUACUUGA